AUGCGGAGCUAACGGCGGAACGGAGCGGAUCCAGCGCAGUAAAAAAAAAAAAAAAAAAUGUCGUACAAACACCAGGCUCUGCGCAAUCUGGUGGUGGAGAGGCUCGCAGUCGCCGCGGAUGAGAUUUUUGCGCUUUUCGAACGGACCUUCGCGGAGUAUGAAGAGGAGGUUCUGCGGUCUAAAUUGCUGCAGGAGACUCGAGUGGAGCUGAGCGGGUCUGUCGUGCAGCUUUCCUCAGCUCCUCCAGACGUGCACCAAAGCCCCGAACGACCCGAAAAGGCAACACCCGUGCUCAUCAAGAAAGAAGAAGAGCCGUCCGUGGCGUUCUCGUUCACACCUCUGCCUCUCAAAUCCGAAGAGCACCUCGACAAAUCCGCGUUCCGGCACGAAGGGGAAGAGGAACCGGCCGAGGAGAAGGGGCGCGAGAUCGUCCAGAAGCCGUACGGCGGCGAGGAGCCUGGCUGCAGCUUGGAUUUGCAGUCGGAAAACAACGAGCGACCGUCCAGCUGUUCGGACACGGAGGAUUCUGAAGACUGGGAGCCCUCGAGCAAAAGAUCGACCAAAAGCGACGGGCAGGAUUCUGAUUUAGUUCUUAUAGAGGACUCAAACACAGAUGUUUUACUGAAGAAAGGCCGAGAGGAGACGCCAGGCUGCAGCUCUGAUCUGAAAAACGACACAAACGCUCCACAUGGCUCCUCCGGCGCGUCCGAGCUGGAACCGGCCGCGCCGAAAACGCCAGAAAACAAAACGGCAACGCAGAAAUCAAAGAGAGACCGUAGGAAAAAGCUGGACCCGAGCCAGCUCAAGUGCCCAGAGUGCGGGAAGCAGUUCAAGCGUCCGUCCUAUUUACGCAAACACAUGGAAAACCACAGCAACCCUUUCCGCUGCGAGAGCUGCGACAAAACGUUCACGUUCAGAUCUCAGCUGAGGACGCAUCUGAGAACUCACACUAAAGAAAAACCCUUCAGCUGUUCAGUUUGUAAGCAGAAGUUCAGUCAGGGGUAUUUUCUGAACAGACACAUGAAAAACCACAGCGAAGAAAGACCGUACAGGUGUCCGGAGUGCGGUUUGAGGUUCAAGCAGCAGUACAACGUGUCCCGGCACGUGGCGGCAGUGCACAGGGGGGAGAAACCGUUCAGCUGCCCGGUUUGUAAGAAGGCGUUCGCGCAGAAGCAGGACUGCAGCACGCACAUGUGCGUGCACUCGGACGACAAACCUUUCAGCUGUUCCUUCUGCGGUAAAGGCUUCGGGGACAGGGGUUACCUCAGACGGCACGAGCACAAGCACAGGAGCCGCGAGAAAAAGCAGAACUUAAUUUACUGUAGUAUCGACGGUUAAAGACGCACUGUGGGACUUUUCAGCUGCCGUGGAGAUUCCUACUGCUGUUCGUUUUUUAUUUAAUUGUGUUUUUGUUUCAAGCGUCGCAGUUCGAGAAAAAGGCUUCAAAACAGAAACGAUGCAAAUUCACAAACUAUAAAACCAAAAAUAAGAAAACGAAAAAACAACAAUUUUCUUCAUUAUUUGUCUCCAAAACCAAAAUGGAAAAAACAAUAACGACCGUUUCCCGUUUACGUGACUUAAACUGUGAUGCCGGACUGAACCAGGACUGGGGCAGGACCGAACCAGACCGAGACUGAGACCGAGACCAGGACCACACCAAAACGGGACUAAACCAGGACUGAACCAGGACCAAAACCAGGACUAAACCAGGUCACAGUCUGGUCCUGAUCUCAGUUCCGGUCUCAGUUCUCGUUCAGUUUUGGUUCAGUCUUGGUUCAGUCCUGUUUCAGUUCGUUAUCCGUUUUUCCAUUUUUCCAUUUUCCAUUUAUUUGGCCGUGCAGACCGUUCUGCCACUAAACCAGGUCUAAAAACAGGACUAAAAUGGGACUAAAACAGGACUAAAACAGGACAAAAAUCAGGCCUAAAACAGGUCUAAAAACAGAUCUAAAAACAGGACUAAAACAGGAUUUAGCCAGGACUAAACCAGGACUAAAACCAGGUCUAAAAACAGGACUGAACCAGGAUUAAAACAGGAUUUAGCCAGGACUAAACCAGGACUAAAACCAGGACUAAAACCAGGACUAAAACAGGUCUAAAAACAGGUCUAAAAACAGGACUAAAACAGGACUAAUAAAGGACUAAAACAGGAUUUAGCCAGGACUUAACCAUGCCGCGGGAGCGCCCAUCGCGCCUGCUCUCAUACGCAGCCCGAUUCCUUUCGCUUCUCUGUGUUUGAUUGAGUUUAAGAAAGUAAACAUCCUCCGGCAUGUACAGGCGGGAGCGGGACUGAAAAUUCUGUCCCCUCGUAGCAGACCUUUACUGUACGGCUUCCAGGCCAGCUUACGGGUCAGAUCUGCGCAGAGGCGACCCCCGCUCGCAGUAACAGUGUAAGUUUUCCAAUACAUUUUUAUCUUAGAAAAUGCUUUACAGAUUCCUGUCACAGCAGUAACCAUGGAGACGGGCUGGUUGGUGGAAAGUUACGCAGUGCAUCUUUAAAAAACGGUUCAACAUUUUGUGGAAAACGAUGAACAAUAUUUCACUCUACUAAACUUAAAAACGCACCAACUCUGUACUUAAGGUACUUAAACCUGAAGAAGCAAGAAAUUCGUUAAAUCCAGAGUUGGUAGUACAGUUACUUUUACUUAAGUACUUCUCUAGCAGCAUACUUUUACUCCUACUCGAGUCAUUUUUGUAUUGAAGUACUCGAGUAAAAGUUGUGCUUCCUCUUCCCGCUGUGAGGAAGACUGAAGUGACAAAAUGAAUCAAUGAUGUUUGUGUUUGUGAUUUGUGUUUCUUGCGGCUCCUUCGCGUUGGAUUUAGUUCGUCUCAUUUUUGUGUCUGUUCUUUGAAAAAAAAAAAAAAAAAGCAGAUUUUGGGAUUUAUUUCAGGUUUUGUCAAAUUAUAAAUCAGAUGUUACGUCCUGACAGUUCGUCUCUCAGCACUUUUCCCAAAUACUUUUAAAUUCUUGGACUACAGACGCUCUCCUCUUUUGGACUUCCUUUUUCAAAUACAAACUUCAAAUUUUUUUAUUGCACCUUUUAAUUUCGCACAUUCAUCUCGCAAAAACAACAAUCAUCGUCGACGGACACGUUCACUCUCUGCUUUGUUUGUUUUCUGUUGUGCCGGCUCGCGCUGAGUGUUCUGGCGCAUUACCGUAUUUUCCGGACUAUAAGUCGCACCAGCUAAAAAAUGCUCAGUGAAGUAGAAAAAAACAUAAAUAAGUCACACCGGACUAUAAGUCGCACUUUUUGGGGAAAUGUAUUUUAUAAAAUAAGGGACCGACAUUUCCUGUGUAAAGUGAAGUUGUAGUAAAAACAAUAGACAACAAUGUUAACGUCACAUAUUUCACAGUUCUUCAGAUAAACUAUUACAUAAACAACAGAGCAAAUUUACCAAACUCUCCAUCUCACUCCAAAUCACUAAAUCCAUUCAAUUCUUCAUCCUCGGUGUCACUUCUGAACAACUCGGCCUCGACCUCCAGAGGUAAACAGAGCGCCGCAAACUCUUCUGCGUCGCUGUCGGUAAAUUGUGUAAGAUUUUAAUCACCGUUUACAAUUUAGAGACACGUCAUCGCCAUUUAUAGUUUUAAUAUCGUUCUUAAACAGCAGAGUGUGUGACUUUCUGGAGGUGGCGUGUCCAGACUUCAGAAUAUUCUCCACAGAGGUUUUACGCCAAGAUCAGCUCCACAGAAAAAAAAAGGAGAAAGUGGACAAAUAAGAGCCAGGUUUGUGGUGACGCGAGCCCGAGUUUUUCAGUGCAUUGGACCUAUUCACGUUGACGUCACAAAACCGGAAGACGUUUGGAAACACGCGGAUGACGAUUUCCUUUGCGUUCCGUUGGCGAUAUUAACUCCGACAAAAUCCUCUGCUGCGUCGCUGUCGUCAGACUCUGCGUCCAGUCUGUUCCAGUUAGAAUUAUUCAGGUCUUUCUGAAUCCCGACAGGACGGUUUCGGUUCCGGUCAGAAUCGUCUGUGUUUGCGCUGACGUCACAAACCUGGAAGACGUUUGGAAACAUGUGAUUAUAAACUUCCUUUGGGCUUUGUUUGUGGGAGUAAGUCUGACAAAAUGUAGGAAAAGUUAGAAAUUGUCGCAGUUUUUUCCAUCUCCGUGUCGUUGUAGCGUUAUGUUCAGCUCAUCAACGAUUCCAACCAGACCUCAGUUUUCAUCAUUCCCCUCCGAGCGCUCUGGGUUCAUGUGAUGAGACGAGACAAGGGACAAACUCCAGAUGAUUCCAAACCGCACAGACGUCUGUACGUUUCAUUUUACCACUCAGCACGUUUACGGAAGUUUCACCGCGUGUUUUCAAACGUCUUCCCCGUUUGUGACGUGAGUCCAGGCUUUGUCCGUCCAUCCAGUGACUUCAGGAAAGUUUUAUGGGGCAUCCUCCUGGUGUCACAAGUUUCUCUCUCACUCCAAACUUUCUUUCUGCUACUCGAUUUCUGUUUUCAGCUGCAGAUUUCAUGACUUGCAGCAGGACAGAGGCUCUUUCUGCAGGAGACAUGUGCAGUAGAGCCAAGUGACAUUGGUACUAGAACCUCUCCACACUUCACGAAAAACAUUUUAAUAUAGAAGUCGCACCGGAGAAUAAGUCGCAGGAAACACACAAACCAUGGAAAAAAAAGUGCGACUUAUAGUCCGAAAAAUACAGUACAUACGUCAAAAACAAACAGCAGCGAUUGGUUAAAUAAAAAAAGUACCCGCCUACUGUCAAGCGAACGAAUCCUAAAGCUGCUGGUGAAUCAGACGAGGUUAAAACCCCUGAAACUGUAAGAAUGGACGGAUAUGAUGCAGAAAUUCUCGUGAUGGAAAAAAUUAUCUGCUAUUUGAGAUUAAAAACUUGUACAUUUGACAAAUUAUGGACUAAAUAAGAAGCAGAAACGGACUUCACACCUGCAAAGCCUCAGUCCAGUGUCUGAUGUCGCUUUUGUAGAACUUCUGCUUUCGUGUUCUGUUUUUUUGUGUUUGUAAAAAAAAUCUAAUAAAAUAAUUUU